AUGUCUGCGGUGGGACUUCCUCUGGGAUGGACAAUUAAGAUCUCGCGGAGCCACAACCGGGAGUACUUCUACAACCCGGGGUCGGGGGAGCUGCUGUGGGAGCCGCCGUUCGGCACCGACGAGGACAAGCUCAAGGAGUACUUGCGCCAGUUCAAGCAGAACGGCAACCGCCCCGUAGUCCACGACGGCAAGGUGCGGGCGCUGCACUUGUUGAUCAAGCACGCCCAGCUGCGGAGACCGAAGCUGUGGAAGUCGCCCGACGGGAUCACCCUCACCCGCGACGAGGCCAUCGUCAAGUUGAGGGGGUUCCAGAAGCGCAUUUUGAACGGCGAGAUCAAGUUGGAAGAGUUGGCGGAGACCGAGAGCGACUGUCUGUCCCACGAAAAGCAAGGCGACCUUGGCUAUUUUGGCCGUGGGCAAAUGCAGCCGGCGUUCGAAGAGGCCACCUUCGGCUUGAACGUGGGGGAGAUCAGCGAUAUCAUCGAGACCGACCUGGGGGUCCACCUCAUCCACCGCACCGGUUAG